CUCUCUCUCUCUAUCAAACUCCAAUCUCUACGCUGCUUCCUUCUGCCGGACUUCAUUUCGGCUCGCAGAAGCUCACGGCCAUGGAAGAAGUGUCCACCGGGGCGCUCGUACCGGCGGUGAAGCCCGAGCCAGUCUCUUCAUCCGCCGCAGUGGCAGAGCACUCCAGCGGAGCCACCGCCACCACGAUCGCCGCGGCCUUCGCGGUCGGCCCGCCCUCCUCUGCCUCCGAGCUCGACAAGGACUUCCUCUGCCCAAUCUGCAUGCAGAUCAUCAAGGACGCGUUCCUCACCUCUUGUGGACACAGCUUCUGCUACAUGUGCAUCAUCACUCACCUCAGGAACAAGAAUGAUUGUCCCUGCUGUGGUCAUUCCCUCACCAGCAAUCAAAUUUUCCCCAAUUUCAUGCUCGACAAGCUGUUGAAGAAGACUUCUGCUCGGCAAAUAGCAAAAACUGCAUCUCCGGUAGAACACUUUCGCGUGGCACUGCAGCAGGGAUGUGAAGUGUCGAUCAAGGAGCUAGACACCCUCCUCGUGCUUCUUGCUGAGAAGAAAAGAAAAAUGGAGCAAGAAGAAGCUGAGAGGAAUAUGCAGAUUCUGCUGGACUUCUUACAUUGCUUGAGGAAGCAAAAAGUUGAUGAGCUAAAUGAGAUUCAAAAUGAUCUUCAGUACAUAAAAGAGGACAUCAAUGCAGUGGAGAGACAUAGGAUAGAUUUGUAUCGAGCUAGGGAUAGGUACUCUGUGAAGCUGCGGAUGCUGGGAGAUGAUCCAACAGUGAGAAAACCAUGGCCUUCAUUAUUAGAGAAGAGCACUAGUGGUUUCAUGUCAAGCCCUAUUUCUGGACGUGGAAGUUUGUCUUCUGAGAAUCUGCAGAACAAGAAAGUGGAUAGUAAAGGUCAGGCAAGCUCCCAUGGACUUCAGAGGAAAGAUGCUCACAGUGGCUCAGAUUCACAACCUAUUAAUCAAUCAAGUUUGGCCAUAUUGAGAAAAAAACGUGUCCAUGCACAGUUCAAUGAUCUUCAAGAGUGUUAUUUGCAAAAGAGACGUCAAUUGGCAAAUCAACCACAUGUCCAGGAGGACUGGGAUAAAAAUGUUAUACAUAGAGAGGGUUAUAAUGCUGGUCUAUCUCAUUUUCAGUCCGUACUUAGCACCUUCACCAGAUACAGUCGAUUGAGGGUUAUUGCUGAACUUAGACAUGAGGAUUUAUUCCACUCCGCCAACAUAGUGUCGAGCAUAGAAUUUGACCGGGACGAUGAGUUCUUUGCUACUGCUGGAGUUUCAAGGCGCAUAAAAGUUUUUGACUUCUCCUCGGUUGUCAACGAGCCAACUGAUGUUCAUUGUCCAAUUGGUGAGAUGUCCACAAGGUCCAAACUUAGUUGCUUGAGCUGGAAUAAGUAUGCAAAAAAUCAUAUUGCGAGUAGUGACUAUGAGGGAAUAGUAACUGUUUGGGAUGUGGACACACGACAGAGUCUGAUGGAGUAUGAAGAACAUGAAAAACGUGCUUGGAGCGUGGAUUUCUCGAGGACAGAACCAUCAAUGCUUGUAUCUGGAAGUGAUGACUGUAAGGUCAAAGUAUGGUGUACCAGAGAAGAAGCUAGUGUACUUAACAUCGACAUGAAGGCGAAUAUAUGUUGUGUCAAGUAUAAUCCUGGAUCAAGCCAUUAUAUUGCGGUUGGUUCAGCAGAUCACCACAUUCAUUAUUAUGAUUUGCGGAAUGUUAGCCAACCGCUCCAUGUCUUCAGUGGGCACAGGAAAGCUGUUUCAUAUGUGAAGUUCUUGUCAAAUAAUGAGCUUGCUUCUGCAUCCACUGACAGCACUUUGCGUCUGUGGGAUGUGAAGGAAAAUUUACCUGUUCAAACCUUUAAAGGCCACACAAAUGAGAAGAAUUUUGUGGGUCUGACAGUAAACAGCGAAUAUAUUGCCUGUGGGAGUGAAACCAACGAGGUUUAUGUCUACCACAAGGAAAUAUCGAAGCCUGUGACUUGGCACAGAUUUGGUUCUCCUGAUCCUGACGACCCGGAUGACGAUGCGGGUUCUUACUUUAUCAGUGCUGUGUGCUGGAAGAGUCAUAGCCCCACCAUGCUAACUGCUAACAGCCAGGGAACGAUCAAAGUAUUAGUUCUCGCUGCGUGAAUAACAAUGGGAAAGAGGAAGAACAAUACCAAAUAAGGAAAUGAAGAUAGGUAGAUACUAAGCUGAAGUCUAUUUCUAGGUGUAGUCUGUUGCUAUUCUUCUGGUUGCGGUUCUCUGUUGAUCAGUGUAAAUAUUAAUAUCGUCAAUACUCAGCCUUGUUCUGCUAAAUUAUGAGUGAGGAUGUCGAUAUUUUAGAUUAAUUCAGGUCACAGUUCGUGUUAUUAAUGUUGUCUGAAUUGACUACGCCCAUUCCAUCCCCCGAAGUUGUGGGGAUCAUAUUCAUGAUACAAAGCCUUCGAGCUUCUGGUCUUCGCUUUUUUUUUUU